CACGGAAGUGCGCUACGCCGCGCACCCUUGAACACGGGGCCAAGCGUUCGGCCUUAGCGUGGGGUUGCCCCCUGAACAUCAUAUACACCGGUCACUGCAGGUCGCACGACGGCAUAAACAAUCUUCCCCCUCGACGCCUGGAGCGAUCCUUGCUUGUACAAACAUUGUUUCCUUGAUAUAAUAAGCCUUGAAUCUUGAAGAGAGGUUGUUUGAAACGUCACAUCUACCCAAAUCAUUCAAGUUGUUCCCCUUUAAACAGCUGAGUCUGAACCUUUCUCAAGCUUGAACGAUACUCGACAACCUCAAAGCACCAAAAUGUCGUCAUUCACACAAACACUGCCAACUGGCCUACCGACAUCACCACGCGCAAAUCGCCAAAUGCUGCUCCCACUCGACACAUCGUUCCCAGCCCAAGACUCCACACCAUCCUCAUCCUCGGACACACUCGCAAGCCAAUCACAGCAACCGACACCAAACACACGGCACCGCAACCACGACUCGCUCAUCUUCAUCAACGCGACCAUCCCCUUGAGUCCUGCGUCUUCGACAUCAAACGACUCCAGCAGCGAUGCUCUGCUCGACGGUCUCACGCCACGCAAACGCAACGGCUUUGUCCGCUUCUUCUGCUGCUUUGGCCGCGAGGAGCGUGCGAGAAGACGGGUGUUUCGGGAGACGCAGUUUGAGAAGGUUGGGGAGAAGAGUCAUUGGUCUGAGUACUGAGCUCUUGCUUUCGUUAUCCGGAGCGACACGCGGCAACGAUUCCAUCUUGAAGGCCACUAGCUGCUAUAUGGUAUUGAGCUGAUACAGCAUUGCCCGAUGAGAGUCACUUACCGAUGGCCUCGGUUUUGAACAAACGUUGGCGGCAUUUCUUAAUCUUUCAUUCUUGUACCUAUAUUCACGGGCUCUGAUAUGCCUCGCUGUGGGGCUUUUGUCAGCUCAUCUCCUUUGUACUGUGUUCAUAGCUUCGGCGUUCGGGGUCUCGGUCCAUUCUCUCUUCGUAUCCAAUACCAAAAGCCGUUUGGCAGAUGCCAAUGUCAUCAAAAAUAAAACACCAACCACUACUGCAUCGUGCCACCCUUUCGUCUGUGCUUCCUCGUCACACUGCGUUCCCCAGCCACCUGCAACUCGAGUCAUUUAUCUCCUCACUGGU